AUGAUUGACCGCAAUCAUUUUGCUGAUGAUCCGUUCUUCCGGGACUUGGCUUCGAAAACCGAAACGUGCUGGAAAAAGUUGGCCAAAUCCCUGGGAUAUGAAGAAGCAGAAAUCAAGGAAAUCCAAACCACCUUCCAAGACGACAAAGAAAGGAGCCUUAAGAUGCUGCUUUCUUGGAGGAGAAAGCAAACAAAUCGCGAGGAAGGAUUUCAGAGUUUGAGAGAUGCGUUAAAUUCAAUCGGGCGUGAAGAGCUGGCCUUCAUGAUUCCAUCAGAUAUGCGACAGAGGAUGAAACAGGAAGAAAUUGUUAACCAAGAGAAAGCCAGAACAUCAAUACAAACAGGAGGGACUAAAGAACAAGACAAACAGAAAGGCACUACAUCAUCAGAGGGUCAGAGACCGCGUCAGGAGGAAGUUGGUCAUCUAGUCAAUCCUAACACAAUGGGGCAAAUGGAGGGUGUUAAGAAACAGAACAUGCAGAAAGGGCCUACAUCCUGUGGACAGAGACCAAGACAGAAGGAAAUUACUGAACAGGACAAACCUCAGAUACCUGAACAAGGGGUAUUUGUGAAAGAACAGGGCAAGCAGAAACGAACAUGGCAAUCUAUUGAGAAACAGAGACCGAGUAAAGAGCUUCCACAAAAAAAGCAGAAACUAGAAGAAUUUGAAAAGAAUGUUCAAAAUGUAAUGACAUCAGCUGAAGAACACGGAACGAGGCAUGGACAAUUUCAGCUUCAUCCAGACAAAUCCGGACAAGAAGUUCAGAUGGGAGGGGCUAAAGAACAGGCUAAGCAGAAAGAUACUGCAUGUAGGCCUACAUCAUCUGAGAGACAGGGACAGGAGGCAGUUGGGUAUCGAGACGAACCUGAACAAGAGAUGAAAGUGGGACGGGCUAAAACAAGGAGAAAUCGGAAAAUGAAUUCAACAUCUAAGGAGCGGAGAUUGAGACAGGAGGAAAUUGGCCAUCUAGAGAAAGCCAAACCAUCACUACAAGAGAAAGGGACCAAAGAACAGAGAGAGCAGAAAGGGGCUUCAACAUCUGAGGAACAGAGAUUGAGACAGGAGGAAUGUGGAUAUCGAGACAAACCUGAGCCAGAUGUGACAGUUGGACGGGCUAAAAAACGAAGAAAGCGGAAAAGGACUUCAACAUCUAAGGCACAAAGAUCGAGACAGGAGGAACUUGGUCAUCUAGAGAAAGCCAAACCAUCAAUACAAGAAAGAGAGGCGAAGAAACAGAGAGAGCGAAAAGGGACCUUAACAUCUGAAGAACAGAGACCAAGACGGGAGGAAGUUAGUCUUGUAGAGAAACACAAACCAUCAGUACAAAAGAGAAGGACUGAAGAACAGAGCACGCAGAAAUGGACUUCAAUAUCUACGGGACAGCGAUUGAGACAGGAGAAAGUUGGCCAUCUAGAGAAAUCCAAACCAUUAGUACAAGGGAGAGAGGCUAAAGAACAGAGAGAGCAGAAAGGGACUUCAACAUCUGAUGAACAGAAAUUGAGACAGGAGGAAUGUGGGUAUCGAGACAAACCUGCACAAGAGAUGAAAGUGGGACGGGCUAAAAAAAGGAGGAAGCGGAAACGAUCUUCAACAUCUGAGGAACAGAGACCAAGUCAGGAGAAAGUUUGGUAUGGAGACAAACCUGAACAAGACAUGAAAGUGGGACAGCCUAAAACACGGAGAAAGCGGAAAAGCAUAUCACCAUCUAAGGAACAGAGACAAAGCCAGAAGGAACUUUGUCAUCUAGAGAAACCCAAACCAUCAGUACAAGACAAAGAGACUAAGGAACAGAGAGAGCGGAAAGGGACUUCAACAUCUGAGAAACAGAGAUUGAGACAGGAGGAAGUUGGUCAUGUAGAGAAACCCAAACAAUCAGUACAAAAGAGAGGGGCUGAAAAACAGAGCACGCAGAAAUUGACUUCAAUAUCUGCGGGACAGCGAUUGAGACAGGAGGAAGUUGGGUAUCAAGACGAACCUGAACAAGAAAUGAAAGUGGGACGGGCUAAAAAACGGAAAAAGCGGAAAAGGACUUUAACAUCUGAAGAGCAGAGACCAAGACUGGAGGAAGUUGGUCACCUAGAGAAACCCAAACCAUCAGUACAGGAGAGAGCGACUACAUCAUCUGAGGUUCAGAGAUGGAGAAAGGUGAAAGUUGGUCAUCAAGACAAACGUCAACUACAGGUUCAAGUGGGAGGGGCGAAUAAACGGAGCGAUGAGAAAGAGACUGCAUUCCCUGAGGGAAAGAGAUCAAGAGAGGAGAGACUUGCUAAAAUAGACAAACCUCAGAUACACGAACAAGGAGAACUUAUUAAAAAACAGGUCAAACAAAAACGGACACCGAGUCACGAGCUUCCACAGAAAAAGCAGAAACUACAGGUAUUUGAGAAGAACGCUCAGAAGGAGAUGACUUCAUCCAAAGAAUGUGGAUUGAGGCAUGGCCAAUUAGAUGAUUAUCGAGAUAAACCGCAACAAGUUGAAAAGGUUAAAUAUCACAGCAAACAGAAAAGGUAAAUGUC